CGGAAGUGACGGGACUGCAGGAAUGGCGGCGCUCAGGCUGGCAAGCGGUAGUGGCCAUUGGUUUUCGGCUUUGGCCCUCGGGGUGACACUCCUCAAAUGCCUUCUCAUCCCUACCUACCAUUCCACGGAUUUUGAAGUGCACCGAAACUGGCUUGCUAUCACUCACAGUUUGCCGAUAUCUCAGUGGUAUUAUGAGGCAACUUCAGAGUGGACCUUGGAUUACCCCCCUUUUUUCGCAUGGUUUGAGUACGCCUUAUCACAUAUUGCCAAAUACUUUGAUCAAGAGAUGCUUAAUAUUCAUAACCUGAACUACUGCAGCUCAAGGACGUUGCUUUUCCAGAGGUUUUCUGUCAUCUUGACAGAUGCACUCUUUGUGUAUGCUGUUCAUGAGUGCUGCAAGUGCAUCAAUGGGAAGAGAAGCAGCAGAGAGCUCACGGAGAAACCCAAGUUCAUUCUGGCCGUGCUGCUGCUGUGGAACUUCGGCUUGUUAAUUGUAGACCAUAUUCAUUUCCAGUACAAUGGCUUUUUAUCUGGAUUAAUGCUGCUCUCCAUUGCACGGUUAUUUCAGAAAAGGCAUAUGGAAGGGGCGUUUCUCUUCGCUGUUCUCCUCCAUUUCAAGCACAUCUACCUCUAUGUAGCACCAGUUUAUGGUAUCUAUCUGCUGCGAUCUUACUGUUUCACUGCAAGUAAAUCAGAUGGCAGUGUGCGAUGGACUAGCUUCAGCUUUGUCCGUGUUAUUUCCCUGGGACUAAUUGUUCUCCUGGUUUCUGCUCUUUCGCUGGGCCCUUUCUUAGCCUUGAACCAGCUGCCACAAGUCUUUUCCCGACUCUUUCCUUUCAAGAGGGGCCUUUGCCAUGCCUACUGGGCUCCGAACUUCUGGGCUUUGUACAAUGCUUUGGAUAAAGUGCUGUCUGUCAUUGGUUUGGAAUUGAAACUUCUUGAUCCCAGCGAGAUCCCCAGGGCCUCGAUGACGAGUGGUCUGGUUCAGCAGUUCCAGCACACAGUCCUUCCCUCAGUUUCGCCUUUGGCGACCUUCAUCUGCACACUGAUAGCCAUCCUGCCCUCUGUUUUCUGUCUUUGGUUUAAACCCCAAGGGCCCAGAGCUUUCCUCCGAUGCCUGGUUCUUUGUGCCUUGAGUUCCUUCAUGUUUGGUUGGCAUGUCCAUGAAAAAGCCAUUCUCCUUGCGAUUCUCCAAUGAGGAAUUAUUGUAAGAAUUUUUAUUUUUAGCCUUUUGUCUGUGGAAAAAGCAGGAGAUGCGACAAUUUUUCUGAUUCUGACCACAACAGGACAUUACUCCCUCUUCCCUCUGCUCUUCACUGCAGCAGAACUUCCCAUUAAAAUCUUGCUCAUGUUACUGUUCACCGUUUAUAGUAUUUCCUCACUGAAAACACUAUUCAGAAAAGAAAAACCUCUCUUUAACUGGAUGGAAACUGUCUACCUCCUUGUGGGGCCUCUGGAAGUCUGCUGUGAAUUCCUCUUCCCUUUGACCUCCUGGAAGCUGAAGUUCCCCUUCAUCCCUCUGCUGCUGACCUCAGUGUAUUGUGCAGUGGGCAUCACAUACGCCUGGACCAGGCUGUAUGUCUCAGUGUUGACUGGCUGUCUUGUCAGCAAGACAAAGAAGCAAUGACUAAAGAAGUGUUUGGAUGAAAGCCAAGCAGUUACUUCAUGGGAUAUUAAUCAGAACUUGAAGAAAGCUGCCGAUGGCAGGAUCUAUUUAUUCAGUAGAUCUGUUUAAGGACCAUUCUUCCACAUUUGGCCUUGCCUUGCCUAGCAACCGGAUUGUUUCCAUGGUGAGAAGCCACUCACCCUCUCACUUUCCUCUCUUAGAACAGGCUGCCAUCACUGAGACCGCUGUGCCCACUGAAAGUGCCCCGGAGCUGCCCAGAAGCAACGUCUCUAGCU